UCAAAAUUCAGAUGAAAUUAGACUCUUUGCGUCGAAAAUUUGGGUGAAGUUUGGCGAUGCUAAAGUAGGUAAAAGCACAGUCAUAGUGGGGACAGUGGUGGGGAGCCAUGGAGGGACAGUGAGAGAACCCAACACCACAUACACCAGGGACUGUGGUGGUUUAUGGGGUUAGGUCUAAAAGAACUGUAGCCAUUGUUUGACCAUCCUGCCUGUGUGACUAUGUCAGGCUCAGCAUGGAUUGCUCCAAGGAAUUAAUAGUGAGACGUAACCACUGAGCACUGUAGAUCCUCCUAUCUCCUCCUGGCCCGUUAUCUGUGUGCCAGAUGACCAGAGUGUCUGGGCUCAGGCUGGGAACUUGCAGAGAGGAGGUGAAAGGGGUACCAGCCUGACUGCAGGUGUGUGCCAGUUUAUGUCUGGUCAGGGCAGUCACUGGGCUACAGCAAGGACAAAUGCUCCUUCUGAUUUUGGACUGUUUGCAAGCCUCAUCUGCUCUCAGGUUGACUUUGCUGUCACUGGUCCUUUAUGUUUGAGGUGAAAAGAUGUUAUCUGUGGGAUUUUGUCUUCUCCUUUUAUCUUGUCCUCGUUUGCCACUGGUUUAAUGCAGGCUGGUCCCUCAGGAGUCCUGCUUAUAUAUUCUAUCUUGGGAAAACAGUGUGAUGGAGAGCAUUAGCUCUGCCAUAGCUUGUUACAGGGAAGGCAGCAGUAAUGCUUGAUGGGGAAAAAUAAAUCCAGCACAUGAGUAGAGGAAAGCAUGAGUCAGCAGGCAGGGGCCAGAAAGGGCAAGGUAGUACUUGGAGAGGCAUUGCAAUGUAGCCUGUGGUCAUCACUGGAUUGGAGGUGGCUAUAUAUAUAUAUAUAUAUAUACAUAUUUAUCAAUAAUGGAUUUUUUUUCAUCCUGCGAGAUUGCGGGGAAGCAAUGAUGGGAAGAGGUGAUAGAUAUUUGGUGAAAUGGGAAGGCUUCCCAGCCAAGCAGCUGGGAGUCAGAUCUUGAUAUUUGUGUCUGGCAUGGUUUUACUUCUCCACCCUCAAGCAGCUGUCUACCAGGAGAAAAGAUAUUCUCUGGCUCAGAUACAGUCUUACUCCAGGGAUGGUGUGGUCCUUGAAUGGCAUCUGCUGAGGUCUCUUCUGGAUGUCAGCUGUGAAAAGCGUACCUGGGGUACCUGUCAUCUGUGUUUAUAUUCUCCAUAACCCUGUCCACUUGAAAAACUUCAAACGCUUCCCAAGUGCUAAUGAAGGGUCUUUCAAGCAACCCCACUAGGAAUUGGUGCAUGCUGUUCUCAUUUCACAGAUUAGGGAGCUGAGGAACAGAAAGGUGGGGAUUAUUAUUCUGGUCAGAUGCACGAGUGUGGCUCAUUUUAGGCUACAGGCUGGAAGGACCUUCUCCAAAGUGUAUUUGUGCAGUGCAUUCCACUGGGGGGGCUGCUGUGGAUGAGCCUUUUGAGUCCUUGUAAUACAUUAUGAGAAAUCCUGACUUUCUAAUUUUAUCACUCUGUGAUUGUUUGGGAUUUGUUGGUAUUUUUUCCUUUUUUUUUUUUUUUUUUUGUGCAUUAGUGUAUCCAACAUGUGGUUAUAAAGGUUAUUCUGAGCUUUUCCUUGGGAAUUCCUUGUUUUUUAAAAACUCUUCUCUAACGCUUUAUUGCUGGUGAGUUCAGGCUGUGACAAAUGGGAAACUUUGUCUGACUCUGCAGUUUCUCUCCCUGCUCACUUUGGUCCUGCAUGCAAAUGCGGCAGGUCUCUGGGGAGCAGCCAAGACUGCACCACUCAGAUGGAGUGGCUGGCAGCACGAUGUAAAUGUUAAACAAAUGCUCCUACCAUUGCACAGAGAGGCUGCAAUCCCACCUCUGCUUCCCAGGGCUUUUCUCUCCUUCCCUGAAUGUGAAGACAAUCGUCGGGACCAUCUUUGCCUCUUGAGGACACCCGAGCCAGCAGACACCUGUGAGCAGGGAGCAAAGAUGGAUAAGAUACUGGAAGCUGUAGUGAUGUCCUCUUACCCCAACAACGUGAAGCAAGGGCUUGUGAGGCGCGUCAUCGAGGCGGCGAAGCAGCCCAUGGACAGCGAGCAGUGCUGGUCCAUGCUGGAGCUGUCCACCAAGCUUUAUCUCACUGGGGACACAAAGUAUAAAAGAGAGAUUGGGAAAGAGGUUUUGGAGGUCUAUGGCCACUAUCACCCAGAGGAAUUCGAGGAGUUCUUCAACGUCCGCUUCCUGCUGAGUCUCCUCCAGGAAGGCUAUGGACCUCUGGGGAAGAGAAGCCAUUAUGUACUGGAUUAUAUCCAGUUAGGACUGCAGUUUGUCCUGGAGAGCCCAUCAGCAAACAGCAUCUUCAGCUUGCUGAGGAUCGAGGUGCUCCGGAAGGUCUGCGAGAGGCCCAGCCCCAAGCAGUGCGCGAAGAUCAGCAAACUCCUAACGCAGCAUCCGCAAUGCAUUCCCACGGGAAAACACCAGCUCUUGUUCUGCCAGCAGCUGAUCCGCUGCAUCGGGCAGUUCCAGUGCGUCUCCGAGGGGGAAGAGGAGAUCAUGGAGUUUUUGGAGCAGGUGAACAAAGUGAGUGGUCUGCUGCAGAGGAUCUGGAGAACUCAGACCUCAGCCAUCCUGCCCUCUUUGAAAGAACUGUUCGCUAUCAUUUCCUCAACAGAGGAGCAGGAAGCACCUUCCAAUGCCUUGGCUAGCGUGGUUCAGUUUGUCCCUCUGGAGCUCAUGGAUGGCGUCAUAAGAAACCUCACCAACGAUGACAGCAUCACUGAUGUGCAAAUGAUGAUGGCCAUUGGCAGGAUGAUUGACUGGGUAUCCUGGCCCCUGGGGAAGAACAUAGACAAGUGGAUCAUUGCUCUGCUGAAGGGUUUGGCUGCAGUGAAAAAGUUCAGCAUCUUGAUUGAAGUCACUCUUUCAAAAAUAGAAAAGGUCUUCUCCAAGCUGCUGUACCCCAUCGUGAGGGAGGGGGCCUUGUCUGUCCUGCAGUACAUGCUGCUGAGCUUCCAGCACUCCCACGAGGCGUUUCACUUGCUACUCCCUCACAUCCCCAGGCUGGUGGCCUCUUUGAAGAAGGAGGACUCCAAUUCUGCAACCAGCUCCCUGGAGCAGCUGGCCGAGCUCAUCCACUGCAUGUUCUUCCGCUUCUCAGGAUUCCCAGACCUCUACGAACCAGUCCUGGAAGCAGUUAAAGCUCUCCCGAUUCCAAACGAAGACCGGAUUAAGCACCUCUUGGGACAGAAUGCUUGGACCUCCCAGAAGAAUGAGCUGGCCAGCUUCUACCCACGCCUGGCAUCUAAAUCAGAGACGGGAAAGAUUGGUUUAAUUAACUUGGGGAACACCUGCUACAUGAACAGCAUCAUACAGUCUCUUUUCAUGGCUUCAGAUUUUCGGCAUUCAGUGUUGAAUUUAACUGAGGGCAACUCCCAGCCCCUGAUGACAAAGCUCCAGUGGCUCUUUGCAUUUUUGGAGCACAGUCAGCGACCUGCCAUCUCCCCUGAGAGCUUCCUCUCCGCCUCCUGGCCACCCUGGUUCACCCCUGGAGCUCAGCAGGACUGCUCAGAGUACCUCAAGUAUCUGCUGGACCGACUGCAUGAAGAAGAAAAAACUGGGAAAAGGAUCUACCAAAAACUCAAGGAGUCCAGCUUGAUGUCUCAGGCGGUGGAGCACCAUUACUUAAACAAGACAUUGAUUGAGAAGAUGUUUGGGGGUAAAAUGAUGACAAAGAUCCGCUGCUUGAAGUGCCUGAAUGUUUCCUCCCGAGAAGAAGCCUUCACAGACCUGUCCCUGGCUUUUCCUCCGUCGGACAGGAACGUGCGUGGCAGCACAUCUGUUCUACCAGUGGAAGAAAUUGGCCCACAGUUCAUUGAGCCUCCAGAAAGUGCAGGCCAGCUUAUGGGCUCUCCCUGGAUCCAGAGGAAGGCCCCCAUGGCCAGUGACCACGCAGCCCCAUCAGUGUCAGUGGAAACAUUAGGUUUCCAGGAACCAGGAGAAGCAGCUAAUCCCAUAUGUGGCAAUGAUGUUGGAGUGGAUGCAGCCAAAGACCCUCUCUCAACUUUUGGGGAGCAGGCAUGUGCUCCUAAGGACUCCAGAUCUGUCCCAGACUUAAUCAACUAUUUUCUAUCCCCAGAGAGACUGACAGCAGAGAAUAAAUACCACUGUGAGAAAUGUGCGUCCUUGCAGGACGCUGAGAAGGUGGCAGAGCUGACAGAGGGUCCACACUACCUCAUCCUCACACUGCUGCGGUUUUCCUUUGACCCACGGACUAUGAAGAGGAAGAAGAUCUUGGACAAUGUCUCCAUUCCUGUGGUGCUCAAGCUACCCAUCCUUGUUGCUCCAGAGGAAACUGAGGAGGUUUGCCGGCAUGGGAAGGAUGGUGCUGUCCCGGGGAGUGGCUUCAUGACUGUUGUGUAUGACCUCUGCAGCGUGGUGGUGCACUCAGGCAUCUCCUCCGAGAGCGGCCACUACUACUGCUACUCCAGGGAGUGCACUGACACCGUCCCCCACGGGCAGCCCCGGGAGGGGGCACCAAAACCGGCCUCUGACAAACAGUUGGACUUUGAAAUCCAGUGGUACCUCUUCAAUGACACCAGAGUUUCCUUCUCCUCCUUCGAAUCGGUCAGCAACGUCACCUCGUUCUUCCCCAAGGACACUGCCUACGUCCUCUUCUACCGGCAGCGGCCGGGCCGGCAGAGCUGCCCGCUGCACCAGGCUCUGGCUGAGGCUGGCCGCCUGCAUGGCGAACCCUCCCUCCACAAGGACCUGAUGGAAGCCAUUUCCAAGGAUAACAUCCUCUUCUUGCAGGAGCAGGAAAAAGAAGCAAGGAACAGAGCCGCCUAUAUUUCUGCCUUGCCGAAGUCCCCGCUGUGGUGGAGAGACUUGGACAGGGACAAGGAUGAUGACAGCUCGUCUGGGGGCUGCAGCCCAGCAGCGGGCGGCGGCGGAUCCGGCUCCUUCCACGGACUCGUCUUUUAGCCAACAGCUUAAACCAGAUGGGCAGUGUCCACAGGGCCAACCCGAAGCCAGAGCCUUCUCUUCCUCACCCUGAUGAUAGGGAGCGUCUUGGAGGAGGAUUUGAGAAACAUUUCAAUGGCAAAGGUCUCAGGGGCUGACUUGGAGGCACCUGGAGGGUCUUGCUGCUUCCUAUGCACUUGGUCUUCAUGCCUUAACGUACCUAAGCUAACGCAGAGAUGAGCAGCUGCUGACAGCUCGGAGAAGUGCCCUUCUGCUUCAGCAUAGCCAUGUCCUGCCUGCUGUGAGCCAUGCCGCCAGCCUGGGGAGGUGACGGGGACAGGCAUGGGGAGGAGGAUGGACCCAGCAGGGCCCCAGGGAUGGAGAUGUCCCAUGCACAUCCUGUCUGCAGCCCUUCCCAUGGCACUAAGUUGGUUCUGGGGCGACCUCUGCUCAGUUGUUACAUUUUUUUAAUGUGGUUUGGGAACCCACCAUGAAAAAUUCUGAAGGUAGAAAAGAGUCUGAAAAAUGCCAAAAUGUAGCAGUGCUGGUCUAUGAGGCAGUGAGCUUGUAAGACAAGCAGUGGCAGGUCAGCCAGAGGAGGUUUAUGCUGCAUUGCAUGACAGCCAAAAGAGACUGAGGGGCACAAACCCCUCCAGCCAAGAGAGACUGACCUGAUCCAGUUGGGGUUUCUGGGCUCCAGUGAAGACCCAUUGUGUUACUGAUGACUUCUGGAUGCUGUUAGUGUGCACGGCAGGCCAAGACACACAGCUGUUUUUCCAGAUGUGUCUUUAGGACUCAUUUAGUCUCUUCCUUCUGCUGUCAUUUUAUGGUUUUCUGGGCUGGAUCUGCCCUUAAAAUUUGAGUUUUCCCUUGGGAUACCCUAAACUGAGCAGCAGAUGACAGAGCCCCCCUAAACUCAUGAUCUGUUUUUUUUUUUUUGUAAUGCUGAUUUGCAAGGUGAAUAGCCCAACCAGAUAUGUUAUAACAAUCCAAUAUCAAUAUAUACUAUAUAAACCAAUGUAUUCUAUAAAUCAAUAAUGUGACAGGGGCUGAUUUUGAUGGCAGAUGGCCAGCUCAAGUCCCAGGCAGCACAUCUACAGGACCACAGCUCUCUCCCAUGUCCCUCCCUAGCUGUUUUCCCCUGCCUGCUCCUCCCUCACACCUGUAGUUGAGAUUUCUCUGGCUCAAGUGGCAGAAACUUGUGCCUUAGGUCCUAAGUUCAGGGCUUAAUCCUGACCGUGCGGUAUUGGGUUAGGAGUACUGUGUUUUUUGAGGAAAAGGCAAAGCACAGACAUUGCUAUGGCUAAUGUGAGCAGAAAGUCUGCUAGAGAGGACACCUGGGGUCAAGUAUCUGGUGUAUACUAUCAUAUUCUUUUAUUGCCUUUCCUAUGUUUAAAUAAAGGAAAUUAAUUCAACAUACAGACCUAGUGCCUUAUUGCAGUGUUCAUAGAUAUUGGGCUGAUGGGUCAAAAAAGAAAUGGGGAAGCUGAGGCAUCCAUCCUCAAGGACAUGGGACAGUCUUGCACAGUGGUGGCUUGGAAGAGGGGAUCAGGCAGAGGAGGGAUGGGAUCCUCAGUGCAGAGCUGUGUGCCCUCCAGAAGAAGAUCACAGUGCUAAUAGUGGAGCCUUGCAGACGAGCAGUAGAGUAUGUUUAUAGUCUUUAAGUCAAGUACUGAGAGGAAAUAAAUGAAGACCCAAAGCUGAAGUGUCACAGAAAGUACAGUGGUGUUUCCUGGUUUUAUUACUAGAACUUCUAGUUAUUUCUCAUUCAAAGAGGUUGCCAAAAGUUUUUCUGUUGCUGUCAUGCUAGCUCCUUUCUUUAUACUGGAGUAUCACCUUUUGGCAUUUUCUGUGCUGUUUGCUGUAAGGUGCUUUUGUAGGAGAUUGUCUUUAACUUGAUCAGAUCAUAAAGUAAUGAAGGCAGAUAGUCAUACCAACAUGGAAAAUGGAGAGACUGUAUCAUAGCUAAGCUCUUUCCUGAAUAUGUCUUGUUUUUUCCCCCAAGAUUUUCAGAGAUGAGCAGAGGCAAACAUCAUGCAGUUCUCAGCAUGGAUGGCAGCCUGGAGAGUAUCAGUGGUGUAAUGAGGUUGACUGGUUUAGCCCCUCUUAAUUUCCUCUAAUUAUUAACACUGGACUUUUCUUUUGGACUCAGCCAAUCCUAUUACAUCUUUGAAGAAGAUAUUUAAUAGUAUUGGUCCCAGUAAAGAUCUCUGAGGAACACUACUCAUUGCUGGUUUGGACACUGAGUCAUUGACUGUAGCUCUUCCAGUGCAGCCAUCCAACCAAUUCCUUAUUCAUCUAAUGGUCCAUCCAUCAAACUCUUCAAUUAAGAGCUAAGAAUGUUACAGGGGACCAUAUUAAAAGCCUUACAGAAGUCUAGUUUAGUAUGGUGUAUUCUAUCUAUGCUACACCAAUUAUAGUAUAUGCUAUAUUGAUACUGGUGUUAGUAAUGCCAGGCAUUUUUGCACAUGGCAUAUUGAUAAAGUAUAUGCCAUGGUAUAUGUGAUGGUUUGGCUCAUUUUGUCUGUCACACAUGCCUCAUUGUCAAGGAGAGCCCAUAGGAGAGUCCUCAGCUCUUAGUUUGGGAUUUCACACGUGCUACAGAUGUGAGAUGAUGCUACUCUUGUCUAAAAGAAGUGUUACAGGAGCUGUGCUUAGGGAGGUGUCUUUUCCCAAUUGUCUUUUUUUGUUUGGUUUUUUUUUUUUUUUAAGGAAGUCUUAAAUGCGGGGUUGAACUUUUAACUCUGGAGAAAAAAUAUUGUCCUUUUGCUGAGAUUCUCUGGGUGUUUUGGUGUGCUGAGCUGAGACUCACAGGUGCUGAGCUGUUGAUGGGUGAGGAAGGCAGCAUUUGUCCUCACACUGCACACAACAGUGCAGAUAUACAGUAUAAAAUUCAAUUUAGUAGCUUAAAAAUACAUGGCUUGGGUUCUGGUAUCAGGAAAAACCCUAGCUAAAUCCUAAAGGCCCCCAUUACCCAUACAGAAAACUUGAAGCUUUAGGCGACACUUGGCAACAUGCUAAGAAGAUGCUCUGAAAGCUUUAAAGGUGCUACAUAAUCAAACUUGAUUUGUUGUUAGUUCCCCCUUUCUUUCCCUGCUC